UUCAAUAGGUACAUAUAUGAUAAGGCAGGUGCACGUGUCGUCUUAGGCUUCUGCCAUCACAGCAUACAUGUAGAUACCUACAUAGGUAGGUAGGUAGGUAGGUACCUAGGUAUGUAACAUUAGCCCGUAGUCACAAUCGACAUCACUUUGUCUAUCACCGCCUUUAGGUAUUAUUGCCUACUAAGUUUUAAAUUAUCAUUCUGCCCACUACUAAACUUUCAACUCUUUUAACUUCUUUCAUGCAACAAUACUCUCCGUGCUGCGAGUUGAUGUAUGUUCUGCCUUAUUUCUGCCUUAUCGAAGGCAUUCGAACUUCUUCCCACAUCUCUUUGUCUUUGAUGCGUAAUGUUUUUUGAUUGCUUCGUGCAAACACCGCCACCUACCCUCUUGGUUUCACGCAACUUCAUAAUUUCAAUACCUCUAACCUACCUCAUGUAGCAUCAAGAAGUGUGCUACUUAGAUAUUUGUUUCGUUGCAAUUGCCUUCGCCUCUUUCCCUUUUCUGGAUUUUCGCCACGCCGCUCAUUUCCCUACUAGAGUAGUCCUGCCAACAGCACAGCCUACGUUUCCCUAUAGUGGACCAAUUAUCUAGAACUUUCCAGUUGAUUUCUAGUCGUAUAGACACCCAAAUUGCAACAAAUCACAUCCAAGAGAAGACCAACCAUUAUCCAAAUAUUCUAGACAUGGAUUUCCAGGGAGAUAUAGCUCAAGACGGCAGCAAGUAUACAUCAAAGUUCUUUCCCCCAAACCCUGCUGUUCUCAACCUGGCCAACCAUGCCAACCGGGAGCCUCUCAUGCACUUGGUUCAGCAGACAAUCCUGUACCACGUGCGUAAUGGCAACCCGCUGGUUCGGCUGUGGAAGGAUGCUUACGAUGCUGGAUAUAUUGAAGGCACGACAGCUCCGUAUUCUCAGUACUUGUUAGCCGUGAGAAAGAUGACUGGCAGGAUGCUCAAUAGCGAGUUCAAUCAGGAAAAGACUAAGACCAUGGUACAGGUUCAGUCUGAGAUUCUCAAGGCUCUUGCUAAAGAAAUCUCCCACGUCGGCACCCAGCCUAUAGCCCAAGUUAAACCGGAGUCUCCGACCCUGGUCAAGAUCGUUCAAGCUAGAUUCAGCCCUCUUUCCCCUGAAUUUUCGCCGGAGAAGUUUGCCGCGAAGUCUAACUCAGAAGAAGAACAACAUCUUGCCGAGUAUAAGCCCAGUGACGCCCGACUCGUCAGCUUUGAGGAGCGAUGCAAGAAACGUGGACUACGAAUCGCGUCGGCAAAGAAGUAGAGAUGUUGUAGUCACGUCGUUAUGUCCUGAAUAAAUAACGGCAACGUGGAGGUUGACUACUUGGAGGUGAAUAUGAAGUGUCUAUUGAUGUUAGCUUUUUGAAACCAGUUGCACCUGUAGAUAGCUACUGCCUUAAGUAAUGAAGUUGUCCUUGCCCUUUA